AUGUCACAGCCUGACGAUGUUACUACAGACAGCGAAAAUCCUAUAGAAGAAAUGAUUCGCGAUCUUGGGCAAGAGGGGUUUGAAAAGGCACAUGCAGCGUUGUAUGACAACAUAGAAGUUGAUUCAAAAAUGCCUUUGUAUUCCGGCUGCAUAUCUUUCACAAAAUUGUCAGCUGUGUUAGCUCUGGUUAACUUGAAGGCUCGAUUUGGGUGGAGUGACAAGAGUUUUAGUGAGUUGCUGAUGUUGUUGAAAAACAUGCUUCCUGCUGAUAACGUCUUGCCAAAGAAUCACUACCAAGCAAAGAAGAUUUUAUGUCCAGUUGGGAUGCAGUACGAAAAAAUUCAUGCAUGUUGUAAUGACUGCAUUUUGUAUAGAGAUGAAUUUGCUGAACUAGAUUACUGCCCUGUGUGCGAGGUUUCAAGGUACAGACUGACCAACGGAGAUUCUACUAUACUAGUCUCAGACGCCGACCGCCGUCCAGCAAAGGUGUGUUGGUAUCUCCCAAUAAUACCAAGGUUUAAGCGGUUGUUUGCUAAUGGGGAAGAUGCAAAAAACCUUAUAUGGCAUGCAAAUACCAGAAAAUCAGAUGGAUUGAUGCGACAUCCUGCAGAUAGCCCGCAAUGGAAGGCAAUUGAUCGUCUGUAUCCUGAAUUUGGGGCCGAGCCUAGAAAUUUAAGGCUUGGUCUUGCAACGGACGGAAUGAACCCAUUUGGAACCUUAACUACUAACCAUAGCUCGUGGCCCGUUUUGCUGUUCAUUUAUAAUCUCCCUCUGUGGUUGUGCAUGAAGCGAAAGUAUGUUAUGCUGAGUAUGAUGAUAGCUGGUCCAAGACAACCAGGUAAUGAUAUUGACGUAUAUCUAAGACCGUUAAUUGACGAUUUGCGGAAAUUUUGGGAUGAAGGGGUUGAUAAUACAAGUUUCCGCCAACUUAAACAUGGAAAGAAGACUGUGUAUACUAGGCAUCGAAGAUUUCUCAAACAGUAUCAUCCGUAUCGACGAUUGAAGAAGGCAUUCGAUGGAAGUCAAGAACAUGAAACCGCGCCAAAUCCAUUAACUGGCGAUGAAGUAUAUCAGCGGGUCAAGGAUGUCGUAAAUAUGUUCGGCAAGUCCCAAAAAAAACCAUCAUCCACUUCAAACAUGUGGAAAAAGAAGUCUAUUUUCUUUGAUCUUCCGUACUGGCCCGAUCAUCAUGUUAGGCAUUGUAUAGACGUCAUGCAUGUCGAGAAAAAUGUUUGUGAUUCUUUAAUUGGGACCCUCCUAAACAUUAAAGGCAAGACAAAGGAUGAUUUCAAGUGUCGUCAAGACUUGGUUGACAUGGGUAUACGUCAGGUGUUGCAUCCUAUCUCAAAAGGUACCAGGACAUAUCUGCCCCCAGCCUGUUACACAAUGUCAACAACUGAAAAGAGAAGUUUUUGUGAAUGCUUGCGUAAUAUCAAAGUCCCACAAGGCUACUCUUCAAACAUCAAGAGUCUUGUGUCUGUGAAUGAGCUUAAGUUGGUUGGCUUGAAAUCGCAUGAUUGUCAUGUGUUAAUGCAACAACUUUUGCCUGUUGCAAUCCGCGGAACAUUGCCUGAGAAGGUCCGUGUUGCAAUCAGUCGCUUGUGUUUCAUUUUUAAUGCUAUAUGUGCCAAGGUCAUUGACCCUAAACAGUUGGAUGCUUUGGAAGAUGAGGUUGUCGAUGUCCUUUGUCAAAUGGAGAUGUUUUUCCCUCCUUCAUUUUUUGACAUUAUGGUACACUUAGUUGUUCAUCUGGUAAGGGAAAUAAGGUGUUGUGGUCCUACGUAUUUUAGAUGGAUGUAUCCAGUUGAGCGGUACAUGAAGGUCUUAAAGGGUUAUACGAAGAAUCGACAUCGACCAGAGGCCUCAAUAGUGGAAAGAUAUGUUGCUGAAGAAUGCAUUGAGUUUGCCUCACAGUACAUUGACUCAUUGAAACCUGUCGGUGUUCCUGCAUCCCGGCAUGACCAGCCAAUAGCCGGCAAGGCCAUUGGCCCAAAUCUGAAUGUCCCUACAUGGAAGGGGUAUGACAUUAACAAUUAUUCAUUCUACACAAAGUCCCAAGAUGAUAAAAGUUCGGUACAAAACAGUGGGGUCUGUGUUGAUGCUGAUUCGGAGCACUUUUCCAGUACAUCGGAUAACAACCCCAUUCGAGCAUCCAUGUCUUACUUUGGUGUCAUUCAAGAAAUUUGGGAGGUUGAUUAUACAUCAUUUAGAGUGCCUGUUUUUAAGUGUCAGUGGGUGAACGGGACAACGGGUGUGUUUCAAGAUCCAUUGGGAUUUACUUUGGUAGACCUUAGUAAGGUGGCAUAUAUGGAGGAACCUUUCAUUAUGGCAGCACAAGCCAGACAAGUUUUCUAUGUACAAGAUCCAUGUAAUUCAAGUUUGUGUGUGGCUAUGCAAGGAAGACCAAGUGGAAUGAAUUACCAUAAUGAUGAGUCAACCCUUGACAUUGGUCAAAUGUCUGGUUUUUCAAAACAAUUGCCUUCAAUGAAUGAAGCUGAUGAAGUGGAUGAUGGACAUGCAAAUCGUGUAGAUCAUGAUGAAGGUCUAUGGGAAAACAUCCCUACAGGCUGA